UGGGGAACUAGCUGUUAUAGUCCAUUCAUUACUCUCUCUCUCUCUCUCUCUCUCUCUCUCAAAAAUGGGUAUACAGAGCAUGCCUUCAUCUUCCCCAGUGCAUCUCAAAAUCUCCAGUACUGCAAAGAUGAAUCCAUCCUGGGCAAGGAGUAAAAAAGAUAAAAUAACAAUUUUCUUCAAGUCCAGGAUUAGCUACCAUACUUGUUACUGCCAGUGGCAGCGAGAGCAAAAGACAUUGCUUGGUGGGAAACUUUCUGCAUCAAAAACUGACAAGGUCCUCCCACAUUUGAAAGAGAGACGAAUCAAGGGGCAUGAAAAAAGGGGAACCAUCACCGGUGCUAUAGCUCUGAUCAUCGGAACCAGCAUCGGUUCUGGCAUACUUAUGCUACCUAAGAAAACUUCCCCUGCAGGACUCUUUCCUAGUUCAAUAUGCAUGAUAGUAUGUUGGGGCUUUCUUCUAAUUGAAGCUCUUCUGCUGGUUGAAAUCAACGUCAGCCUGCUAAGAAAGAAGAGGAAGAAAGUUGAAGAGAAUGACUUAGCUGUCAUCUCCAUUAGAACCAUGGCCCAAGAAACACUUGGAGAAUGGGGUGGCACUCUUGCCACGGCUGCCUAUAUCUUCUUGGGUUACACUUCCGUGAUUGCCUACUGCUCCAAGUCAGGGGAGAUCCUUUUCCAUUUGUUCAAUCUUCCGGCAUCACUUUCAUGCAUCCUAUUCACUGCAUUCUUCACCACUCUCAUCUCCAUUGGUGGGACUCGAGUGACCGAUCAAGUCAACCAAUGGCUCACUGCUUCUGUGAUAGGUCUGCUAUUGGGAAUUGAGGCACUAGCUGUGGCAUCUGGAGGUUGGUCUGGAUUGGGGGGAAGCAGCAACUGGGGAAAAGCUCCAGAUACAGUUCCUGUGAUAAUCUUUGCUCUGGUAUAUCAUGAUAUAGCCCCUGAAGGUGAUCUUAAACGUAUACGGGCUUCAGUGUUGCUUGGUAGCAUCAUUCCGCUGCUGGCAAUGCUAAUCUGGGAUGCAAUUGCAUUAGGCCUUUCAGCCCAGGCUGAUCAAGUUCAAGUAGCAGACCCUGUUGAAUUGCUAAUGAGGGUGAGAUGGAAUGGGAUUUCAUUUAUGGUAGAGGCCUUCUCGCUGCUGGCAUUAGGGACCUCACUGAUCGGCACCCUCCUGAGCUUCUCUCAGUUCUUCAAGGAGCAACUUAAUAACCUCUCAUGGCAUUCUCCCCCUUCACAGUCAUCACAGGAAAGAAACAAGACCUUCGGGCUAAGAGAAUGGUGGAGACAAAACAAAGUUGGUUUCACGGCAACAGCCGUGGUUGUGGUCCCAUCCCUCGUGGUGUCAACUACAGUUCCAGAAGCAUUCUCAGCUGCCACUGACAUUGCCGGGGGCUACUGUAUGACACUCUUGUAUGGGGUUCUCCCACCAGCAAUGGCAUGGACAAUGAGCAACAGAGACUCCAACAACGCUGAUGAUGAAAACGCAUUAUCAAGAGCUAGGCCUGCACUCCUUGGCGUAGGAUUAUUUGCUUGUGGAAUAGUGUUUGAGCAAAUUCUGCAAGGCCUUUCACUGUUUCACCCGUAAGGCAGGAUUUCAACCUGGGAUGCAGACGUCUCUGUUUUACCAUCCACUUGUAGAUUGGUCUCUGCAAUUGGAAAGAGAUUAUUUUGAGGAUUACUUCUAAUCCUCAAUCAUGUAUAGUUUUUCUCUAUUCCGAAUUUUCCUUCACCAAAUUUGCAUUAAAUCAUGUUCCUAUCUUCAAGGAAGGAAGUGCUUUUC